GGUCAUCGAGCACUCGCAGACAGUGGAGCAGCGAAAUCGUGCAAUACGAAAUGCACGGCGCUAAACUCGAAAGAAAAAUGUCUCUGCAUUUUGUCGUCAACUAAAAUUAUCUCAACUAACCAAACCAAUAUGGCUCUAUAUCACGAUAAUGCCGAAGAUAUCCUGCUGUGCUCAUUUGAAAUAAUCAAGAAUAACUUUUCAAGCUUCUAAAAUGUCGUCGGUACCCGCUGUGAGGAGUGUACGGAGCUUCGUUUUCAUUCUCUGCGGAACAACCGGGGUAGCAAUAGCUGGAUUUUCGCUUGUAAAAUAUCUCCGGAACUGGUUGCGUCAUGUUGUCAGUAAAAAUCUUGAGCAGAAGAUCGAGGAUGCAAUUUCCAAUGAAGCUCUUUCAGAAUUGGCUAAAUCUGCCAAUGUUGGACUAAGACAGAGUGCUGAACAAUUGCUACUUGAUAGGAUUACAAAGAGAGAGGCCUUUGUAUACGUCUUGAAAGCUUGCAGGAGCAAAGAUGAAGAGAAGGCUCUUCAGGCUUGUACAGCCUUGUGUGUUAUCCUGAAAAGUGUUGAUCAAAGGGUAUUCCAGGUUGAUCUGUUUAUCCUGCAAACUCUGUUGACAUCCCUCUGCUGUUCUAUGGAUAGAUGGAACAACUAUCACUCCCACAUACCUGAUGUAGAUUUUCCUGAUAGAAUGCAACGCAUGAUGUUAGCAACCAUCUAUGAUCUCUCCACAGACCCAGCAUUCCUAUCCAAGUUGGAACAGAUCAAGUGCAGAGAUCUUGUUAGUGUCAUCUUAGAACUUUUAGAUCAAUCUAAGAACAAGGAAGUCCAGAGAUACUCUCUGCUCUUGCUUCUACAAAUGACAAUGCAAGGAAAGAAUUGUGCCAGUUUAGAUGCAUUCAGGAUUAUUGGUGAGAAGAGUGUAUUACAUCAUGGUGAUCUCAUGCUCCAGAAGAUUUGCUACCAGCUGCUAGUGACUCUGAUUAAUGCACAAAGUACAGAUUCCAGUUUGUUGAUCCAUGAGACAGGAAAGCAAGACAUUCUUAUUCCUAUGGUGGUCUCUACCAAGUCAGAGGAUGUAGAAGUAUCGUUCUGGUCAGUAGCUCUGCUACAUGAGUUUGCUGUUCACAAUGUUUGUAGGAAAGAGCUGUGUGAAUUACCUUGUCUGAUUACAAACCUUCAGGUCACACUGAUGGCUAGUGAAGCAGCAGUCCAAAGGCUUAUUCUUAGGAUAUUUGCUUUCCUUGCUCUCAGAAAUGAUCUGUUUGCAAGAGAGCUAAUGAAGAACAAGGCACUGAUAGGUCACUUACCUACCUGUCUUGCUAGUGGAAACAAAGAUGUCGUACAUUGGGCCUUGGUGCUUGUUCAUGAUCUAGCAAUGAUGGGUCGACAAACAUUAGAGGCCCUGCUUGAGUACACCAAUGAUAUGCUGAUCAAGUCAUUACUCUCUCUGUCUAACACUCGUGAUAAUGUCAUGAUACGCCUCCUGGCAGAGACUCUGGGACUCUUCUGUGGGUGUGAACAUCUUCCCCAUUGCCUGGUCCGGGCUGGGGCCUUAGACAUGAUACUAGGCCUGGCCCAAUCUCAUGACCCGGACCUGGUCUUCUGGGCCUCUGCGUUGCUUCUCAAUCUAGCCAUGACAUCAGAUUCGGUGAAAGGAGAGAUAUUGAGUUCAGGAGGAUUAAAGACUCUGAUUGAACUUUCAUUAGGUGACCAUGAAAAUGGUCAGAUCAAUACUAUGGCUGCUAAAACUCUUGUCAUGAUGGCAGUAUUAGAUGAACCGAUUCAUGUGCAUGUCCAAUGUGAGAAGGAUUCCUCUAAUGUUGUCAUGGAAAAGAAGUCUAUGCAGCUGCCACAUACUGGGAUCAACGUAGUAAUGUGGGAGACUCUCAUAGCUAAGAAACUUGAGGUUUGGCAUUACACACCCACCAUGGAAAAUGAUCUUCCUUUCGUGACGAGGAAGCUAUCAAGUAUACCGCUACUAGAUCAACAGUCGAAGAGAACUUGUGAAUGUAAUAUGGUGGUCAUCACACUCAAUGGACCGCAAGCUCCUCUCUGUUUAAGAGCUCUUGAGAAUCGUCUACAUUUCAAGAAUUAUUCCCGUUCAGGGGUCGUGACCUGUGACCCGUUGGACUUGGAUCGUGGUUUGUCAUGCUGUAUAGUAGCUAUGGUAGACGCCCAUGGUCUGUUGGAUGUUAUGCAUAUUUCAAAGAAUCAAGAAACGAUUGCUGUUCAGCUUCAGGUCUCAGGAGCUUUGGUUGUGAAUCAACGGAUACGUGGGCUGAUCCUUCUACCUCUACUCCAUCGUAUCAUGGGAGUACCAGCUAAUAGCCCUAUCAAUCGUGUCUCUGAUCUUGAACUACUGGAGGUGUUAGUCCGUCAUGAAUCACAGAAAACCCUGAUUCUAGAAUGCCAGGCUGUUGUACACCAGCUUGUUGCAAUGGUCAGUUAUUUUGCUCAGCAAGGUAUGGAUCAGCUUAAAUCAGAACCCCUCUCUGUGGCCCAUUCCCAUGCAGCACUGAAAGUAUUAAGAGUUCUAGCAAUGUAUGAUCACUACAGAUCAGGUCUACUGACUGCUGAUACCAUAGCUGCAGUGGUCAAGCUUCUCAAUGGUCUGGUCAACUUCUGGCUCAAUACUAUUCUAUCUACCCAGCAGAGUGGUCAAUCAGACCAUCGCCCCAUGACGAGAAUCGGUAGUAGGCCGGUCAGUAGGGCUGGAUAUAGAACCAAUGAUUCUACAGACAUGGCAAGCCUUUUUCCAUCCAGGCCUCAAAGUCGAGCAAUUCCAAGUGCACUCGGUCUUGACUGUGAUUCUGUCGAUGACUUGGAGUCCACUGCUGAAUCUUUGGCACUAAUUGAACAAAACCUAAGCGAAGCUGUGUCUGCCAUUACUAAUACUGUCCAGCAACUUACUUCAUUGGGCUACCCUCAGCAAACACAAACCAGGUCCAAUUCUGUUACCAUGGCAACCGACUCCAACCUUGCAGCAGAGGUGGAAGAUGGUGAAGAUAAAAGUGAAGAAGGACAGAUGACAGCUCAUCUCUCUAAAUUUGCUGUACUUACCAUAGCUCACCUGCUCAACACAUCUGAUGAUGAUAUUUCAAGAGCAGUACAGUCUUCUCUUCAUCUGUCUGGGGCUAUGUAUGCUCUGUGGGCCACCCUUCUAUGCUCAUCAAAAACCAUCAAAGAUACUAUUGCGCUGCCUGUUGGUAUUGCAAUGACAAAGCUUGCUGCUACAGACCAAUCAUCAUUACCUGAUAAUAUAGUCAAGCUAGAUAUCACGACAAGAACUCCGGCUCUUCUACUUAGUCCUGAUCAUCUUGAGAUUCGUAAUGAUAGUUGGACGUUUGAAAGCAUUCUGGCUGUUAGUCAUCUCCCUCUCAUCAAUAAUGAAGAAUCCAAGUUAAGAGAUAAACAUCAGCAAGGCUGGUAUUAUGAAGUGGAGAUAAAAUCUACUGGCAUCAUUCAAGUUGGUUGGGCAACCAAACAGUGUAUAUUUGGACCUGAAAAAGGUCUUGGAGUUGGAGAUGACCUAAACUCAUGUGCAUUUGAUGGAGCUAGAUGUAAGAAAUGGAAUGGACCAGUCACAGAAUCUUUGAAUAAUGAGUAUGGUCAGCAAUGGCAAGUUGGAGAUGUGGUUAGCUGCUUGAUGGAUCGUCAUGGUAACGCAAGUUUCUGGCUUCGAGGCAUUAAUAUGGGUGUUGCAUUUCAUGGUUUAGAUCUAAGUAAAGGGUGGUAUCCGGCCUGCUCUCUCUCUACUGAUCAACAUGUAAGAUUCAACUUUGGAACCUCUAAAUUCAGGUAUUCUGAUGUCAUUCCAGAUGGUUACAUUCCUUUCUGCCAAGCUCACCAAGGUCCAUCAUUCCCAGAUGAAUACAAUAUUUUUCCAGAUAUCAAACCCUUAUCACAAAUGAACCUUCCAGAAAGGUUGAAUCUUCAAGAAAGGUUAAACCUGCAAGAACCGCAGACUUCUGGAGACGCUGUGUCCGAAGACUACAUCAAUGAUAUGGCAGCUAGUGAUUUUGGAUAUCCUGAGAUGGGCGGAGAGGCCUUUGCAGAGAUGACAGACAGUCCAAGACACAUUGCUGUGGCAAAGAUUGCCGAGAUAGAUGCAUCGUUGCAGCAGGAAUCCUACAGAGACGCAAUGACUCGUGAUGAGCUUGGGUCAGGUGACCAGAGAAGACCAAUAGCAAUGCAGGACACGGAGGGAGGUGGAGAAGCAGCAGAGUUCCAACCCCCACCAUCUCUUUAUUUUGAAGUCAAUGUUAAUCAUACUGAUCAUCGCCCUGUUGUAAUAGGAUUAUGUAGUGGAGAUGCCAGUGUUCAAGUUUGUGCAGUACUAACAGAAGAUAACAAACUUGUUAUGCCAGACCAGACAAUCCAUCAGGUUUGUCCUGGAGUGACGAUUGGUUGUGCUCUUCUCAUACCGCCAGGAGUGGUUUUCUUUACCAUCAAUGGUCAGCCCAUCAGGAGAUUAUUCAACUUUGUUCAAGACGAUAGACCAAGCCAGCCUUUAACACCAUUCACCAAUAGCCCACAUCUCAGCAUCAAUUUCGGCCAAGAUCUCUUCCUAUAUCAGCCGGCCAAUGAGUUUGAACAAAGGAUCUACAUGGCUGCACUUCUCCAUGACUACUGCCAACAAACUAUCAAUUCAAAAUGAUUUACUGUACCUCAGGGAUGCCUUAUGGGACCACAAACAUAUGCCAUAGGUAGGAGAACAUUCAAUUUAGAGUAGGUAUCCAUGUUUUGCAUGAGGCUACUUGUCAGAAAGUCAGAGUUGUGUCUUUCCUGCAGCUUUUUAAUUACAAAUCAGCACAGUCACUAAAGACAAAACAAUGGGGACUGCAGGAAAGCGGCAAUGAAAAGACGCAUAGCAUCCAUAUAGCGGGAUUCCUAUGUAAAGACGAGGCAGAGACUUGACUGAUUGCUUAAGCUGGACUGUAAAAUUGCUUCAAUUUAUGCAAAUAUUUGAUGCAUUGAUGUUUAUCUGUACUUUCAACUUAUGCAGUAGCAAGGAGUUUUCAUGUGGACUGUGGUCAGCACUGACAAGUUUUCAUUAUUUGACAGUAACCAUAGUAACAAUCAGACACCUGUACUUCUUAGCCAAUCGAAAUCAAGGAUUGUUUGUCAGAUGACAUGACUUCCUCUGAGCUGUGGUUACUUCAAAUGCCUGCAGUUCUUAAUAGUCACUUCCAUUAAGGUUCUGUCACAUUGUUUCAUGCAAGUCUUAAGUUGUGGCAAUCACACGCAACUCACUCGCAAACAAAUUUAUAAGAAUUUUCAAAACUUUUAUGUGGCAAAUAAGACUUGCGUGUGCUCCUGCUGGCAACUGCAUGCGAGAUACAUGUACAUGCAAAAACUAUUGAUGCAGGCGACCUGCUGGUACCAAAAAUAGUCAACCCCAAAUCACAUACAAUGAUGUGACAAGGCCUUAAUAAGGCUAUACUAACGAGCUGUUGGAAUUUAAUACUCUUUCAAAUGAUACCUAAUAUUCCUACUUUAUUAAUUUUCAUGGAGAAAUUAGCCAAUAGAACUGGGACUCUCUUUUUGACAUAUUUUUCGCUGAUGUAGUUUAUGGUACACCAUGUGGAGUGUUAUAGAAGAAGAAAAAGA